AUGUCGAAGAAUCCUCUAGAGAGCGUGGUUGAUGCCUCGUCAGUCGAUAUUUACUCCCACCUUGGUCGGACUGGCUACUUUAUUGAAUGGGUGCUACGCAAACUCUACGAUAACAAUUCUGAAGUGAGAGACAAAUGCGAGAAGGGCAAGAUUACUGAUGUCAAGUUCAAGUGUGUUAGUGGAGGAAAAGGCCUGAGGUCCCAAGUGUACCAAGUGAAGUUAUUUUUCGGUAAAGACGAUACCUACAACUUUGUAGUCAAGACUCCGGCCGAGGAGCAUGUUUAUGUGAGUCUUAUAUUCCCUUAAACCUUUUUUAAGCGAAUUUUGGGUAUGAGUUUCAUAUUGUAAUUAUUAAGUCUAUAAACAAUCUUACAGCCAGCCGGUGCCAAAACCCGUGAAGAUACGGCGGUAGAACAAGCUCAUUCAGCCGAAGUCAAGAUCUGUAACAUGGUCAAGGAUCUGGAUGUUCUAGUGCCAAAGUAUUACUACGCUGAAGAUAGGAACGAAGAAGGAACUGGUCUGAUCGUAAUGGAAGACUUUGUGGACAUUAGUGGUACAGUGGGAUGGCUGGGAUCGUCUACUGCUGAACAGUGCAAAAACUUGUGCAAACCUUUGGCUGAGUUUCAUGUAAGUUUACAUAUGUGUAAUAUACAUACAUGUUUGUUUAAUUUAAUUAAAAAUAGCAAACAAAAAUUAUUUAAAUUCAAAAGUAACAAAUUUACAUAAAAUAUUUUUAGGUAACAUCUGUUAUUUUUCAUUUUCAGUGUGAAAUGAUGCACAUUCCGAAUCAACCAUGGAAAGGACAGUUCGAAGAUACGAUGCACAUUCAAGGCAUUUACCAGUCGGUUAUCUCUGAGUUGUUACCUAAAAGUACUGGGUUGGUGCCUGAAAUCAAGCUGUUUGUUGAUGAAUAUCCUUUCAUCCUGACUUCUGCCUUUAGCAAGUACUGUAUUCAAGAAAAGGCGGCAGAGUACAGUAAGUUAUCUUGAAAAGUUUUGUUGAUACUUCUUGAAAAUUGUCUUAUAUUGCAAUGCAAUGAUCGAUUGUAUCGUAACUUAUUAUUUUUCAAUAUUUGCUUAAAUCGACAUUAUUUUAGAUGCCACCUUCUUCCUCCACUCAGAUCUUCACGGUGGAAACAUGUUGUUCAAGAAGAGAGAUGACGGCACGGUCUCCAACAUUCCUCUGGCUAUGAUCGAUUGGCAGACGGCUAUGGAAGGGAACCCAUUGUAUGACAUUGCUCACUUUGUAUGUCCAACAGCUGAUGCUGAUGUUAGACGGGAAGUGGACCCUCUGAUUCCUGAUCUGUACUACGAUGCGUUGGUGGAGGCCUACAAGAAGCACAACGACACCGUGCCUUUCAGUCGGGAGCAGGUAAGUUUUUGUAGUAAUAUUCUUUCGAUAAACAAACAUACAAAGAUGGUAAUUUAAAACUAAUGGUAUAUUAUAUCACAACAAGUAUGGGGAUGUUACACUGCCCUUUGUAGGCGAGAGAGUUGUAUGACUUGGCUCUGAUGCAACAAACCUUCCAAUCGCUUUGUAUGCCAGCCAUGUUAUCCACCCAUGGCAGUGGUCCAGUACAUGAGGCUAAGACGGCUAAAGUCGUACUGAAGACGCGGUUCUUGAUUGAAGAUACUCGUAAGAUACUGAGGAAGUACGAUCUGUCAAACUGGCGUAGUCGAGGUGGCAGAAAACAUUCCAUCUCCAAGUACUUCAGUCUCAUCAACUAA